GCGGAGGCGUAGGUUAGCUAGCCUUGUUGAUGUUGUGUGUCAAUGCUGUACCUUUUAGGUAGAUAAUUCACCUGAAAUAAAGACGGCGAAGUAUUAAUGCAUGUUACAUAGCUCGAGCAAGCAGUAUGUUUUGCACCUCCUUUUUUUAGCAUAGCCGAAUGGUUUGCAGCGCGUAUUUUCUUCUGAGAGACAGAUUAAACUAGGAACAGUACAGACGGAUGCCUCGAAAAAUUGAAAUGAAAGUAAAUGAGUGCGCCGAUGGAUUUAGAUUUUAUUCCGCAAAUCCCGAAGGAGACGAUGCCCCAGACAGCACUCUUUCCAAGUAUGCUUGGUUCAGAGUGCAGUGGACAAGUGCCAGUUGAUAUGAGGGAGAGGUCUGUUGAUCUUAUUUUCCAAGAUGGGUCUCUGGUUUCUGGGUCCCUGGAGGCUCUAAUUGAGCGACUGGUGCCAACCUUGGACUAUUACCCUGAUCGGACAUAUAUCUUUACAUUCCUGCUGACCACCAGGAUCUUCAUUCAUCCAUCAGAGCUUCUGGCCAGAGUGGGUCAAAUCUGCCUGAAACAGAAGCAGCAGCUGGAAAUGGGCCCUGAGAUGGACAAGGUGAAGUUGAAACUAUUUUCAGCCAAAAUUGUUCAGCUCCUCCGAGAAUGGACUGAAACCUUUCCGUGUGACUUUGAGGACAGAGUGGCUAGGAAAGAACUGAAAGAAAUUGUGUGGAAGAUCUGCCACUGUGAUGAGGGGAAUUCCACCAUAAAGAAGAGCUUGAAUCACAUGAUGGAGAGUCUGGAUGAGGCCCUGUCCACCCGUGACCAACACAAGGAAGUGCGGGGCAAGAUCACUCCAGGCCUCUCUGAGAAGGGCACGCUUCUAAAGGUCAAGUCCCAGUCGACCCACAAGGACAUCCUCAGUGUGUGCAGCGACGCCCUGGUCUUCGCCCAGCAGCUCACUCACAUUGAGCUGGAAAAAAUACGGAAUAUUCAACCUGAGGAUGUAAUACAUCUGUGCAUUCAAACAGGAAACAUACCAAAUCACAAGUGCUGUGAUAGCAAGAAGACCCAGAAUGUGGAAGCUUAUGAAAACUGGUUUAAUCAGCUGAGCACACUUGUGGCUACAGAAAUUUGUCGGGUUGUUAAAAAGAAGCAGAGGACUCGAAUUGUGGAAUUUUUCAUUGAUGUGGCAAGAGAGUGCUUUAACAUUGGCAACUUUAACUCCCUUAUGGCUAUCAUCUCUGGGAUGAACCUUAGUCCAGUUGCACGCUUAAAGAAAACAUGGUCCAAAGUGAAAACAGCCAAGUUUGACAUUUUGGAGCACUACAUGGAUCCUUCCAGCAAUUUUUGUAAUUACCGUACAGCCCUACAGGGGGCAGCACAGCGCUCCAGGACAGCUCACACUAACUGUGAGAAGAUUGUAAUUCCAGUCUACAGCCUGUUUGUCAAAGACAUCUACUUCCUGAAUAAGAUGCACUCUGACACAUUGCCCAAUGGACAUAUUAACUUCAAGAAAUAUUGGGAGAUCUCACGACAAAUCAGUGACUUCAUGAUAUGGAGGGCUGUGGAGUGCCCAUUUGAGAUCAGCAAGAGAAUACAGAACUAUCUUCUUACUGCACCCAUUUACACAGAGGAAGCUCUCUAUAUUGCCUCAUUUGAGAGUGAAGGACCAGAAAAUCACAGGGAAAAGGAUAGCUUGAAAACCCUCAGAGCAAUGUUGAACAGGGCCUGAGCACAGAAGAAACAUUCAGUUUUGCAGUAAAUUAUUUUGUAUGCAGAAAUGGAAUUUUGAUCUCACUGGUUGGGAUUUUUUGUAUAUUGUGAAAUUUGUAUAUAUUUUUGCUUGGCCAGAGAAAAGCUCUUACAACAGAGGAUUGCUCUGUUUAAACGUGCAAGGGGCAGGGCCCUGUUCAUGAAGACAGAGGCAGUUUUGCACUUGGCUUGCGAGGGAGGUGACUCAUUCUUACAGUAGUACCAAAUCUCCACCUAUGUUUAGAGAAAAAAAUAAAAAUUGUAAUGUGGUUAAGAUGUUUUAAUGUUCUCAGAUAUUGAUUUCUUUCUGGUUUUAUGUUCCUUUGUUAAAAGGUGAGCAGAUCUGCCUUUCAUUGCUUUGGUUUCUUUCAAGUCUCCUCAGUUAAGACACUUCUGCUUUUCUCUAAAGAUAUUUUUAUUUGAAUACCUUUACCACAAUGCAAUAACAAUGUCAUCGAAUUAAGUAUUAUGUAAUGGUCUGAAUUUAAAAGACUCAGUUGUCCAUUACAAAUAAAAACAAAAAUAAAUUUAGAAUUAAUGUACCUUGUAUACAAGCACAUUUUCCCAUCACAUUUAUACAAUGCUGUUGAGCUGAUAUCCCUGAAAAUCAUUGGCUGAUUUAGAGUGAAAAUUCCAUAUCUUCAGCUGUGAGAGAUCCCAGGGGACAUUUAGCUACUGUAUGUUGGAAACAAAUGGUUCUCUGAGCUGAAGUAUAACCAUAGCAAUUUUCAAUCAAAUCUCACGGUAUCUUACAAAAUUGGUUGUAAUGCAAUUAGUUAAUUGGUUUACAUAAAAUUAUGGUUACAGUCUUCUGUAGUUAUGGCUCAUUUAAGUUUUUAUUUUGGGACCAAUGUUAUUAGUUUCAAAGCAGCAAAAAACACAAAUGAACGGAAGCUGUCCAGCAACUGAAAGGGUUGUGAUGCUUACAUUUCAUGUUUGCUAUUACUACAGUACACAUGUUUACAUGAUUACAUGCAACAUUAAACAGGAAGAUGUUACUUUAAAAAUGAGUACUUGUUCUUGACCAUUGAAUAUCUAUAUUUUACUUUCACCAAGUGGUAUCAUAAAUUGCUGAGCUAGUCCAGGAAGUGUUUGGUUACCUGAGGAAUACAGUAUUUUUGCCUCAUUGCAAGAAGUGUGCUGUUGAUUGAUUUCUCAUUUACUAGUUACUACCAGCUUAUAUAUUUGUUCCCAUUCUGCUAAUACCUUUCCCAGAUAUCAGCAAGCAGCUAGCCCUGCAGAAGUCUGUAAAUGGAACAAUUGUAAACAAGCACAUGACUGGACAACAAUACCCCAGUUGUUUAUAAGUUGUUUCUUGUUUCUAAGCCACUCAGAGCUUUGCUGACAUUACCAAGUGAUUGAGAUUACAAGUGAUUUCUCAUAAUUGAGUGUCCACUGGAUUUAAUUGCUCUGGUUUCUGAAAGUUUCUAAAUAUGCGAUUUUUUUUCCCAGUGAAGUGAGCAGCAAACACCAUAAUACCAUGUGUUUGUCUUAGAAUUUUUCAGUUCUGUACCUAAGAUAUAUGUACAAGUAGCAGGGGAGCUUUUGAUAACAUAUAGUUUGUCAAUUAAAGGAGCCUGGGAAACUAUACAGGUGUGACUGAUUUCUGAAGAGUACGUCUGUGAUUGCUUGUCCACUGAAGUCAUUUACACUGAGGAGAUUCUGCAUGUACACGAGUGCAAUGACUCCAAUAAACUGCAGAAACAUUAUCUUUU